AUGGCGCGUCAGCCGCCCAAGGAUGAAAGGCCGUACUACUUCGACUCCCAAGGCAUCGACAUCAAAGCGACCGUCACCGUCCGAGCAGCCACGGUGGAGGCGUGGAUAUCGCGCGUGUGGGCGACCUACCUCCGGGCCGCCGAGAAGAAGCUCGUCGGCCUAGACACCGAGUUCACCAACGCCGUCUUCGGGAAGAGGCAGAAGGACCUGCCAAAGGAAGAGAGGCAACGCGCCGCCGUGCUUCAGCUCUGCGUCGCCAACGAGUGCCUGGUGUACCACAUCGUGCACGCGGGGCACGUACCGGCAAUGCUCAGGAGGUUUCUCGCCGACAAGGACAUCGUCUUCUGCGGAGCCGGGAUCAGCCAGGACCAGGAGAUGCUGGCCUACUACGGGCUGAAAAUCGCGUCUUCCAUGGACCUGCAGCAGCGUGUUGAGAUUCCAAAGAACGUCUGCAGCAAGCCUACACCGUCGUUGAUUGAUUUGGCAAACUACCUGCUGGGAACGAAGCUCAGCAAGGACGGGGAGUGCGAGAAGUUAAGGAGGUCGGGAUGGGGUGUGUUCCCGUUGACCCUUGAACGGAUCAGAUAUGCCGCGGUUGACGCUCGGCUCAGCUUCGAGGUCGCUAGGGGGCACUUCCGAUCUGCUUGCUACGAUCGCCCUGGCGACCGCUUCAAUUUAGCGUGA